CAUUUAUACAAAACCUCGUUCCACUAUACAUAUCUAUGACAAAUAUGGCAUAAUGUGGCGGGGCUUGAGCAUGAGGACUCUCCUGAUUAUUUGUGUUUGCAUGACCAUACUCUACAACUCAAUCUCUGCAGAUUGUAACAAAGUAGCUGUUAGCAAUUCCCUGAUACGAGACAAUAAUUUGCCUGCGAAAGAGGAGGUGGUGUUUUAUUUGGUGACGCCAUGGUGGAUACCAUCUAUUCGGCCGUGGAAGCCCUGGGAUGUACGAACAUACCAAUUGCUUUUACUGGAAGUGGAUGGCCGUCUUAUGGAACUGGAGAUAAUGCUUAUGUUGCUACCAUGGAAAAUGCCCAGAUGUACAACAAUAAUCUAAUCAAACGUGUUUUGUCUAACAUAGGGACGCCCAAGAGACCUUGGAAAAGCAUGGAGGUUUUCAUCAUUGCUCUUUUAAAAGAGAAGAUGAAAGGAGGGGAUGAGACGGAGCGUCACUUCGGCCUCUUCUACCCGAA